GAUAAGAACCCCAUAAUAUCAUUAUUAUAGCUAUUAGAUCGUGCCAUCAAGACCUUACCAGUUUAGCUGUAUGGAACGAAAACAAAAGGAUACAGAUGGCUCAACCUUUCUUUAUAAUGACAACCACACGUCGCUAUUCAAAUUAUCCCUUUCUUUAUAUGAUAUUAAACCCAUUUUCCGCAGCUUUCCCUUAAGCUUACCCCCAAAUCCCCAUGGAUCGUCUCGUGAAGGCAGGAGCUCCGGAGGUGGAGCUCAAAUUCCGGCCGUCGGAGCGCUGCACGGCCGACUUCAAAAUCGAAAGCUUGAUUCACACCAUGCCGGUUGCCGUCCAGCUCACAACCACCCGCCCGUCCUUAUACAACUUCUCCCCGGCCGCCGUAGCCCUCAUCCCACCCCUCUCCUCUGCUUUCUUCAAAAUCGUCCUCCUCCCCACGGCGGCGCCGCCGAUAGCCUCCCCGCCUGAAGCCAUCAUCGUCCGUUCAGCUAUCGUUCCCGCCCUCCACCGCGCCGACACGGCCGCCCUCCUCCGCUUCUUCUCCCGCCCAACCCUCCCCAUCUUUCGCGACGCCUCCAUCCCCAUCCAUCUCAUCGGUUCCCACAUCCUCAACCAUGUUCUCCUCUCACCCAAUCCCUCCUCUCUUCUCUCCCGCAUCAUCCCUUCCUGCACUCCCGACGAACUCUCCGCAGAACUACCCCUUGCAGCCGGCGCCGGCGACUCUAUUACCGUCACCGCCCUACUCGCCGCCGGCGCAAACCCCAACACUCGCAACGCCGAAAAAAAAUCUCCCAUUUACCUCGCCGUCUCCGCCGGAAAGCUAGAUUCCGUCAAAGCCCUGGUUGAUGCCGGCGCCACCGAUCGCCCUUUUCACGAAGCCGCCGCCGGGAACAGAACAGAUAUAAUCUUCCUCAUGAUCGGCAAAUUAGGACCCGGGAAUAAAUACUGGGCCGAUACAGUCGACGAACAGGGGCGGACGGCGGUCCACGCGGCGGCGGAGAAUGGGUGCGUCGAAGCCCUCCACCUCAGCCUCGCCGUCGGAGGCGGCGACGCCGAUCGAGCCGAUGCGCGUGGAUGGACCCCGCUCCACUGCGCCGGCGCCGGCGGCCAUCUCAACGCUGCGGAACUGAUCAUCGCUAACUCGAGCUUCGAUCCGCGCAGAGCUCUGACAAGGGAAGGGAAGGGAAAG